AUGCGUGUGAAGAGACACAAGAACCACCGGCGCAUCCUCCGCUUCUUCCGCUUGACAUUUGGCAUCCAGGAGCCUUACCAUGUCUUGGUGGAUGGAACCUUCCUCACCCAUGCCUUGCAGCAGCGUGUCCACGUGAAGGAGCAGCUGCCCAAGAUGCUGGAGGGCCGGACGACCCCAAUGACCACAGGCUGUAUUCUGGCGGAGCUCCGGUCCCUGGGAGAUCGCGCUCUGGGCGCAGUGGUCGUCUCAAAGGGGUACUACCGUGUGAAGUGUGGACACGACGAGAAUCCAGUCGGAGCGUCCCAGUGCAUCCGCGAGCAGAUUGGCAAGACCAAUGCCAGAAGGUUCUUCGUUGCGACGCAGGACCCCGACCUUCGGCUGCAGCUGCGGUCCGUGCCGGGCGUCCCCCUCAUCAGGCUCAACGGCCCAGUGCCUCAGCUGGAGGAGCCCUCGGAGUCCACGCGGCGCCUUGCAAAGGAGGGCGAGGAGAGGAAGCGCGGGCCCUCCGACUGGGAGAAGCCCAAGCUGCCAGAACUGAAGGCCAAAGAGGUUCUGAAAGAGGCUUUGGCUGCAAAGCCCAAGGCCAAGAGGAAGAAGAAAGGACCUGCUGUGUCACCAAACCCUAAACCCUAA